UUCUCCAUGCCUCUGUGGUCGCUGUCUAAUAGAAAUAAGAGAAAGCGGUCGACGGCGAUGAUGGAGAGAAGUUGAGCAGUCUCACACUACCUUCUCGUUCAUCCUUUCUCUCGCUCGCUCUCGGUCCAUAUUCCAUGGAUUCCGAUGGGAAAAGCAUCUGUAACAAUGAUAUGUGGGAAUGGCAAGAAGAAGAUUAUCAUCUAAAUGAGAUUACAAAGAAUGAUCUCUCUCGUUGCUUGUGGGAUGAAGUGAAUCAAAGUGAGGAUAGCUUGAUAUACUUGCUAGAGGAACAAACACCUAUCAAAGAUUGUUCAGAUUUUGGUUAUCAGACCGCUGAUAUUGAAGAAAAUAUGAACAAGUUGUUGGAGGAAUGCAGAGAUUCGUCACAGCAAAAGAGGCGGCGUGUGCUUUGUUUCCCUCAUGAUACUAAUGAGAUUUCUAUUUGUAAUGUACAACGUACUUCUGUUUUUCUUAAAUCCAAGGAGAGGGAAAAUGAACAAAUGCAUGAUGAAGAGCCAUCAUCAUCGGUCAAUGUCGAAUGGAGCUCACAGCGGGAUACAGGAUUGUCAGAUGGUAGCUGUGCCUUCAACUCAGAGGCGUGGGAUCAGGCAUCUGAGGGAUGGCUUGACGACUGCCUUGACUCGAGCAUGAUGCAGUGCAAGAUAGAUGAAACUACAGCUCCCAUGCAAGACCUGAACUGCGAUGAAGCAUCUAAUCAGGAAGUCCAUAUUACAAAGCGCAACAACUUGCCAUCCGGCAUGCAUCCAGAUUCGAUUCAAGUGAGCCAAUCUUCACCUCUGCCCAAACUUUUGAAAGGCAGGAGAUUCAUCAUAGGAAGCUCCACAAAGUCGACUUCUUCAGUCGCCUAUCCUUUUGCUCUGAUCAAACCUUGUGGAUCUGAAGGGAAUUUGACUCUGAAGGACAUAAAUCAGAGGCUACAUAACCCAUUGCCUACAAGAACCAAAAAUGAGGAGGAUGAGAAGUCUUCUCUUUCUUUUCCUACUUCAGCUUUUUCAGGUAAGCCUGUGGUCCUUAAAACAAAAAUCCGCACCGAAGGUGGCAAAGGUAGCAUUACCAUAAUGAGAACCAAAGGCUGAUGAGGCAUUGAGUUCUUCAUUUCAAUUCAGUUUUGUGAAGCUUAUUUACUAAAUCUUUCAGGUAACAUGUUUGUUUGAAAUGUAGAGUUUUGCAUCUGGUGGGCUGAUUGUAACUUGAAUUCUAUCAUAUAAUAGAAAAAUGGAUUAGAUUGUUUUCAAUGGUUUGAUUGGUCAGAUCACUGAAAUUGAGAUU